AUGAAUGAUAGGCAGGGCCCAGCUCGGAUACCUCGUUCUGCAAUUGAUGCUAUGCCCACUAUUAAAAUCACUCAGAGGCAUCUUAGUAUUGAUUCUCACUGCCCAGUUUGUCAAGAUAAAUUUGAGUUGGGUACUGAAGCUAGGCAGAUGACAUGUAAUCAUAUUUACCAUUCUGAUUGCAUUACUCCUUGGGUGGUUCAACACAACUCCUAUCAUGUUUGCCGUCUCGAGUUGCCUUCACAAGGUUCUGGAAGUGGGAGAGAAAAUGUGCAACAUCGGGGAAGAAGGAAUCCAUUCUCAUUCUUGUGGCCUUUUUGA